UUGUCAUUCAGUGAAGUUCGAGCUGAGUGGAAUGGUGUUAUGGUGACUGUCUGCUUAUUAGUGUCUGUUUUCUGUUUCAUAACUAUUAGCAUUUGCUUAUUUUCGUGACGUGUGUAUGUAAGACUAGAGUCGCGACAAACCGUGGAAAUUUUUGUGUUUCGACAAACCAUUUGUUAAUCGCGAAAUAUUUGAUAGCGUUUUCUAAAUCAGUGACAGGAUGCACUUGUACUGUCGAGUAAUGGUGGUUAAUAGACGUGACGUGGUUUUCUAAAACACAGGGUACUUUGUUUUGGGGUUUAAUUGUCUAUUAUCAGUCCUCCGUGGUGGCUGGCGCGCCCUGCCCAAAGCGAGCCACGACAUAGCAAAGCUAGAAGAGGCCCACGCGCGGCGUCGGCUUCUUUGCACAUCUGUGAAUGUUUUAUGUUAUGUGCCCGUAUGUGUGUGUACAUGCAAAUGAAGGAACAAAUUUACGCCGUGAAGUUAACAGUGACUGAAAAUUUCUUGAAGAACUAGAUUAGUUUCAAGAAGCUGUUCGCUCCCCCCCCCUUAUCGAUAAUCAGAGGUGAUUGUGUCAAGCAAGUGUAUGUGUUUGUCACAAGAAAUUGCUGUUAUUUACCUGCUGGCUGCCAGCAAUACCUGUAGGGGCUCCCUAUGACGUGACACUGAAGAGGCAGGAUGCAAGGAAUGAUGCUUCUGGUGCUAACACUGAGCCUCUGGCAGGUGGUGGUGAUACAAGUAACCGCCAGCAUAGUCCGAACUUUCAGCGAUGAGAUUGGCACCGAACGCUUCAAUCAUCUGGUGGUGGACAAAAACACGGGGCUGGUAUUUAUAGGAGCGGUGAAUCGUUUGUAUCAGUUGUCUCCAGACUUGGCACUUGUCAUGAGUGAGGUGACUGGACCCCAUGAUGAUUCUCCAGAAUGCUCAACAUUGGACUGCCCGCCUACUGUUCUAAAGAAACCGACUGACAAUGUGAACAAGGCACUUGUGAUUGACUACACAACUACAAGGCUAAUAUCUUGUGGGAGUAUAUUCCAAGGCAUCUGCUCAGUGAGGAAUCUGCACAACAUCUCUGAUGCCGCUCAAGUUGUCAGAGAAGCCGUGGUUGCCAACAAUUCCACGGCUUCUACGGUAGCAUUCAUUGCUCCUGGGCCUCCAAACCCCCCAGUGACACAAGUGAUGUAUGUUGGCGUUACUUACACUGGCAACUCUCCGUACAGGUCAGAGGUGCCAGCCGUGUCAUCAAGGAGCCUCGAUCGUGAAAAGAUGUUCAUCAUUGCUGAGACGGCUGUGACGACAGGAACUCGUAUGUUUGUCAAUUCUUUGGCGAGGGAACGUUACCCCAUCAAUUAUGUGCACGGUUUUAGUUCUGAAGGGUUCAGUUACUUUCUCACCACUCAGAUGAGACACACCAUACCAUCACCAUUCAUCUCCAAACUAGUGCGCGUUUGUCACGAUGAUGAGAACUAUUACUCGUACACAGAAAUCCCAAUUGACUGUAUCAGUGAAGGUGCUAAGAGGUAUAAUCUUGUACAAGCAGCCUAUGUUGGAAAACCAGGAUCAGAUCUGGCUGCUGAUCUGGGCAUCACGGCCCAGGACGAUGUUUUGUUUGCUGUGUUUUCUGAGAGUGACCAGUCAGAGGGUGAGGUGUCCAGCAAACCUAGCUCAAACAGUGCACUCUGUGUGUAUUCUCUGAAGGCGAUCCGGCGCAAGUUCAUGCAGAAUGUUAAGACAUGUUUCAGUGGCAUGGGAAGUCGUGGUUUGGACUUCAUCUCUCCUAGUCACGCGUGUGUGCUUACGAAGCUGCAAACGAUAGGAGAGGAUUUCUGCGGCCUUGAUGUUAACACGCCGCUGGGGGGUGAGCAGCCCAUUGCUGCAGUGCCCGUGCUUGUGUUCGGCUCCCAUCUGACAGCCGUGGCCGCCACUUCCACGGGCGACUACACCGUCGUCUUCCUCGGCACAGCCAACGGCCAUCUCAAGAAGGUCGUGGUGGAGAGCUCUAAUUCUGCUUUGGAGUACGGGGACCUGAUCGUCGAUGAGAACUCUCCCGUCAACCCGGAUCUCCAUUUCGACUCUCAGCUCAUGCAUCUUUACGUAAUGACCGAGAGAAAGGUGUCCAAAGUGAAGGUUCAGGAGUGUAACGUGUACAAGACGUGCUGGGACUGUCUUGGUGCUAAGGACCCAUACUGUGGCUGGUGCUCGCUGGAAAAUAAGUGUAGUCUUAGGAGCGAUUGUCAGGAUGCGGCCAAAGACCCUCUCUACUGGAUUUCAUACAAGAGCGGUCGAUGUACCACCAUCACCACUGUUACUCCAAAUGAGCUGCAGCGCACGACUGCAAGAACGUUGGAACUGGUGAUAGACAACUUACCGACGCUGUCUGGACAGUUCCUCUGCGCCUUCACAGCCCUGGAUAAAACGCUGAUAACAAACGCCACUCGAAAAUCGUACGGAGUGAACUGCACAACCCCCCGGACGGAUGUGCUGCCGUCCAUUCCACAAGGACAGCAUCACUUCACUGCCAAGCUGUCUGUGCGCAUGACAUCUGGUCCCGACUUUGUAACAACAAACUUUACGUUCUUUGACUGUAACACAUACAGUUCAUGCACUCAGUGUGUUUCAUCUUCAUUUCCUUGUGACUGGUGUGUUGAUGGGCACCGCUGCACGCAUGAUACAGCCGAGAACUGCCGUAACGACAUACUCGUAACUGGUGUCAGUCGUAUUGGUCCAAGCUACAGGAGUGGUCCAGGUUUUUGUCCAACAAUUAAUGCCACUGCUGGUGGCUCACCAGAAAUUCUUGUAUCUUCUGGAAUGAAGAAGAGCAUUCGAGUCAAGGUGCACAUAAUUGGACAAUUCAUAGUACAGACGAGGUUUGUUUGCCAGUUUAACAUUGAAGGCCGUGUGACAAGUGUUAAUGCUCAGCUUCUGGGGGACACCAUCUACUGUGACACAAUGGAGUUUUUGUAUACUUCUCGUGCACCAAACAUUACUGCAACAUUUGCUGUUAUCUGGGGUGGUUCGAAACCAUUGGACAAUCCUGACAAUGUUCACGUGGUGAUCUACCGUUGCCGAGACAUGGCAGACAACUGCGGUAUGUGUCUAGCACUAUCAGAGAAGUAUGGUUGCGGCUGGUGCCAGGUUUCUGACCGCUGCGAAGUGAAAGAUCAAUGCGACCAAGGGGCAGGUGUCUGGCUAAACCGCAACCAGACUUGCCCAAAUCCUGAAGUAACAGAUUUUGAACCUCAGCUUGGCCCUUGGGAGGGUGGUACAAAUAUUACCAUCAAGGGCAUCAACCUGGGCAAGACAUAUCCUGACAUCUAUGGAGGUGUGAGUGUAGCAGGCAUACCAUGUGAACCAUAUGAACAGCUAUAUGUGAAGACAAAGCAGAUAGUAUGUCGUGUGGAUGGACCAGGUACAAAUGAGCCUAGACGAGGUCCAGUAAUUGUCCGUGUGGAAGAUUUUCGCGGAGAAUCCAAACACAACUAUGAGUUUGUAGAUCCUGAAAUUACAGCAAUAUCACCAAAAUAUGGGCCCCGUUCAGGAGGCACUGUGCUGAAGAUAACUGGCCGCUUCAUGAAUGCUGGAAGUCGCAUUCAAGCCUUCAUCGAUGAUUUGCCUUGUGAAAUAAUUUCGACGAAGCCAGAGGAGGCUCUGUGUGUGACCAGUGCUUCAGACAGACAGAGAAGUGGAAAAUUAAGAAUGAAAUUUGACAAAGGUGAUCGCACAUUUGACAAGGAACUUUUUGAAUAUGUUGAAGACCCAACGAUAGAGUCUGCAGAAUCAGGAGUAGCAGGACAGAUUAAGAUUCCCAAAGGGAUUCCUGCUGGUGGGAUCAGAAUUUCUGUGUCUGGGAAGAAUUUGGCUUACAUUCAGAACCCCCAGAUGUAUGUCUACUACAAGGAUAGGAUGUUUGGCAGUCAAUGUGUGGUAUUGAGCAAUUCCAACAUGGCUUGUCCAUCACCGAGCAUCAUAGUUCAAGAAACAUUGGAUGCAGAACAUCCUUUGUCUCUGCAGUAUGGUUUUAGAAUGGACAAUGUGACUGGAGUCCAGAACUUGUCAAUUAAGGAAGGCUAUUCAUUCUUCCUGUUGUACCCCAAUCCUGUGUAUGAACCUUUUGAUGAGGAAGUCAAGUAUUACAAAAGUGACUAUCUAACUAUAAAUGGCCAGCACUUAGACCGUGCCUGUCAGGAGUCAGAUGUGACAGUGAGGAUUGGUAACAGCCUGUGCAAUGUGACUUCAUUGUCUCGUCAACAGCUGACAUGCCGACCACCAGUAACUCAGCCUCCUGGUGUUGAUGAAGAUGGAAAUCCAAACCCCCAGGAACUGCCUCAAGUAGUGGUUGAAGUUGGUGUGGGCAAGUUGAGAUAUGUAAUAGGGAAGCUGAGUUAUGCAUCACCAGCUGGAUUAAAUGGUCCACUUUCAAAACCAGCCCUCAUAGGUGUUAUCACAGGCAUUGUAGUUCUAUUGCUCGUCUUCAUAGCGUUCCUUAUCGCAUACCGACGCAAGUCCACAGAGAGCAACCGGGUUCUAAAAAAUAUGCAGGAACAGAUGGACAUCUUGGAACUUAGGGUUGCUGCUGAGUGCAAGGAAGCAUUUGCUGAACUACAGACUGAGAUGACAGAUCUAACAGGGGAUCUCACAUCAGGUGGAAUUCCAUUCCUUGAUUAUCGCACAUAUGCCAUGAAAAUCUUGUUUCCAAAUAUUGAUGAUCAUGUUGUACUGCAAUGGGAACGGCCAGAACUGCUGCGCAAGGAGAAGGGACUUCGGCUCUUUGGCCAGCUGAUAAUGAACAAAACAUUUCUCCUACUUUUUAUUCGUACGCUUGAAAGCAACAGAUAUUUCUCCAUGAGGGAUAGAGUGAAUGUGGCUUCCCUUAUAAUGGUAACAUUGCAGAGCAAAAUGGAGUACUGCACAGACAUUUUGAAGACUCUUCUGGCUGAAUUAAUCGAGAAAUGUAUGGAAGGAAAAAGUCAUCCAAAACUGUUGCUCAGGAGAACAGAAAGUGUUGCUGAGAAGAUGUUAUCUGCAUGGUUCACGUUCCUCCUAUACAAGUUCCUUCGAGAAUGCGCAGGGGAGCCAUUGUUCAUGCUUUUCCGAGCCAUGAAACAGCAAGUUGACAAGGGACCUGUCGAUGCCAUUACCUCAGAAGCACGCUACUCCCUUAGUGAAGAGAAACUUAUUCGCCAGUCCAUCGACUUCAAACCCAUGACGGUGUAUGUGUCCAUAUCACAGCAAGCUGUGUUUGUGAGUGGGUUGGAUCCAAACACAGAGAAUGUUCCAGUUAAGGUGUUAGAUUGUGACACCAUUUCUCAAGUGAAAGAAAAGGCACUUGAUACAAUAUACCGUGCCACACCUUACAGCCAACGGCCACGCAAGGAUGACCUGGAUAUCGAAUGGAGGACAGGUACAUCAGGGAGGCUAAUACUCUAUGAUGAAGAUAGUACAACCAAAACAGAAGGAGAGUGGAAGAAGAGGAACACCUUAAAUCAUUACAGGGUACCAGAUGGAGGUGCACUGAAUCUAGUCUCAAAACAAUCAUCCUUCUAUAAUCUGUCGAUUCUCCCAGAGAAGACAGACAAGUCUCACAAGUAUGAGACACUUAAUUUGUCCAAGUUCAGCUCAGCAAGUCCACCACUGAGCCGUGCCACAUCACCACUCAAUCAUGACCACGAUGGAGGACUCAAGGUCUGGCACCUGGUCAAACACCAUGACACAGAUACCCAGAAAGAAGGGGAACGAGGCAAUAAGAUGGUGUCUGAGAUUUAUCUCACCAGGUUACUAGCAACCAAGGGUACCCUCCAGAAGUUUGUGGAUGAUUUGUUUGAAACAAUCUUCAGCACAGCUCACCGAGGAAGUGCACUACCUCUGGCCAUCAAGUAUAUGUUUGACUUCUUAGACGACCAAGCCCUCCAACACGGUAUCUCUGAUCCAGAAGUUGUUCAUACUUGGAAAAGCAAUAGUCUGCCUCUUCGAUUCUGGGUCAACUUAAUAAAGAAUCCAAAUUUUGUAUUUGAUAUCCACAAGUCCAAUAUAGUGGAUUCCUGCCUUUCCGUCGUAGCACAAACCUUCAUGGAUUCCUGUUCCACAUCAGAUCAUAGAUUGGGUAAGGACUCGCCAAGUUCCAAGCUGCUCUAUGCAAAGGACAUUCCAGUGUACAAAGAAUGGGUGGAGAGGUAUUACUCAGAUAUCAAGAUGAUGCCAGCCAUCUCAGACCAGGACAUGAAUGCCAUGUUGGCAGAAGAGUCUCGGUUGCACACGACAGAGUUCAACACCAAUUGUGCUCUUCAUGAGCUGUACACUUACGCAAUGAAGUACAAUGAACAAUUGACUGUGACAUUAGAAGAAGAUGAAUUCUCUCAGAAACAAAGACUGGCAUACAAGUUGGAGCAAGUCCACAACAUAAUGGCAGCAGAAUCAAAUCCGUGAUGGCGGUCUGCCGGACCUGAGUCGAACACGACGUUCGAGGUCCGGUGUUAAGUUACGGAACUUAUGGGAGAGUGCAGCAAGCUGUGUGUUUGUGUGUGUAUGCGUGUAUGUGAUGUGCUUCACUGGCAGGGAAGUUGCUUGGCCAUUGUCCUGAGACAUCCAUCCAAAGUAAGUGAGCAAGCCAACAAACAAGCUGGAGUGACCAAUGUGUGUAUGUAUGUGUGUGUUGCUUGUGUGGCAGUCUGGAAGGAUGGGGAGGCCUUGAAAUUUCCCCUGAACAAUUUGUUCUUUGCUCAAUGACUGGUCGGUUGGUCAGUACUAGAGCUGCCACAAGUGUGUGCGGUUGCUUUUUGUGGGUUCCUACAAUAAUAUGGAUGAGGCGGGCCAAAGAGGAAAUGCUAUUUGGAAAUUACAUUGAAGUGCCUCCAGUAGUAACAGAGUAUUUGAUGAAAGGAUUAUUGAGCCCUGGCCAAGACAGUUUCAAGCAUCAAGACAUUUCCAGUUGUUGGCAGGUGAGAGGGAAGUGGGAACGUGGAGCUCGAGCACAGUACCCACUCUGCUAAGAAGAACCAUGCUGAGGAACAAGAUGAAUCUUAAUGAAGCCAGUGUUAACCAUGUCGAAAGGGACAUACCAAUAUGGAGGUCUCAUCUGAUAUGUUUAUCGACACAUUUUCUUGUCGCUUGGUUUUCUUCUUCGCAGUGAUUCGAUGCCGUUCUACUUUUGUUUCUCUUAAGGUGUAUGUUGAUGAUUUAAAUGUCUUCCAUGUUCCCUUCUUGCACCAAAUUUCCACACCGAACCAGCACGGGACGCUUGAAACGUGUAUAUUUGUACAGUUUUCCUCGGAUCCAUUCAAUAACCUACUUGCUGCUCGGACUUGCCAUUCAACUAGUAUAGCUGUGUGUCUGUGUAGAUGUCAGUGUUUCAUUUAAAGGUGCACAUGCGUACAGCACACUGUCUCAGUGGUACUUUUGUCUGCUCUGUGUGUCGGUGUGGCGUGAGGAUAAUCUUAACCGGCAACUGUUUUUAAAUGAGGACCAAGCAAUCAAUUCUCCGUAUGAUUCCCGACCGAUUGUUGCGGGUGGCCGGAUUGCUCGCAUCGACGGUUUUCAUUCUGUUUGAUUCAUGUUAACCUCUUAUCUGAUGUGUUGGCAUGAAUUGAACAAAUCUGUCACAACUCAGGAAAAUUCUGUUGUGAGUUUCCAUUGAGCCACACAAAAAUGAAGAUAACAUUUCUUAAGACUGGAACUUGUUUGAGUAUAGUACAUAAAGGAUAGCAAAUUGCCAAGGGAGGCCACCAUGUUCUCCGCUACAGUGACAUCAUCGAAAUGUUAUGUAUUUUGUUUGACCUUUAGUAACUGUUCAAUGAACAUAAAUGUUUCAAUCUUUUUAAAUCCUCUGAACAAUGCUGGUCUCCCUUUUUUCAUUGUCACGUUAUUAUUGUUUUCUUGUUCUACUGAAUGGAUAUGCUCAGUGUUUUGUCACUUUAAUGGAAAUCAGUUUUUCAUGCA